AUGAACAAUACUCUUCCCGACCAUCUGAUUUUCGAAAAAAUCCUCCCAAAACUCCCUGUUAAAUCCUUACUUCGCUUCAAAUCCGUUUCCAAAUUAUGGCUUUCCACUAUUUCAAGUCACAAAUUCGUACAAACCCACCUUAAAUUCUCCUCAUCCCGCCUUCAAGCUCUCCUAAUUCAUGGCCUCUAUCUUUAUGAAGGAUCCAGUGUUUUAUCUUUUGAUGAAUGCAACAAUUUCAAAGAUUCCAAUCUCAUCUCAUAUUAUCCUUCUCAACGGGGUCUAGAAUCUUAUGUCAUCGGUUCUUCCAAUGGGCUAGUUGGCUUGUUUGGAGUAGAUUAUACCUUGUAUAUAUGGAAUCCAUCAACAAAUCAAUGUCAUGAUGUUUCUUUUCCUGAUUUUGAUCUUAUUCAUUGUAACCUUCCCGAUGAAAUUACAGGUAUGGUAUUCGGUUAUGUAUCUUCCAUUGAUGAUUACAGGAAAUGGAUAGAGAUGCCUAGCAUUGAUGCGAGCAAUGAGAAUUACGGCUUCAGGAUUGGUUCUGACGGGGACCGAGGGGUAGUGGUUGAUGAUACUCUAUAUUGGACUCCAGUCAAACUUUCCCUUUUGGGGGGCGAGGAAGCUCACAUAGCUGGGUUGAAUUUAGUUAAUGGGGAAAUGAAAAAGUUCCCAUUAAUGAAUUUGCUUGUUGGGUAUGCUGAGGAUGUUAGAGUAUUUCGGUUGAAUGGGUGUUUGUCGAUGUGCUGUUACAAGUACAUGAAGGGUGACAAUUCCAGUUGCGUUACUGUAUCGUCUUUUAAUCUUGGGAAUGUGGAGUUCCUUUGGUUAUUUGAGACAGGUAAUUAUUUAGUGCUUGAAAACACCCUCAAUCUGCUUAUGCUGCACGAUCCUAGUCAUGUAGCUCUGGAUCAAGAAGAAGAAAGUACUGGUAUUCGAUCUAUUCACGCUCAAAAUUUUAUUGGAGGGGCUUGGGGAUAUGCAGAGAGUCUUAUUUCUCCUUUUGGAACGACCCUAUCUGAUGGGAAUGAAUGA